UCUCAUAAGUUAGGGCUUGGCUUUAGCUUUAAACUGAAGUCAAAGCUCAAGACUGAAGGAGAGAAACCAUGUGCGACGUGGUGCUGCCAGCAGAUCUACCCACGAACAGCUUGAGUUCAGAAAAACUCCAGAAGACCCCAGAGCAGAACAAUCUGAAGUCCACAGAGGAGAUUACCAAUGGAUCUCCAGAGACAGAAAUCCAGACCAAUGGAGAGAAAGACUGCAAGACUAUUGAAGAAAGCAAGAUUCAGGAGGACCUGAAGGAGUCAGAGGACCCUGAGAAGCCUCAGGAUGAAGAGGAGGUUCUGGGGCCGAACGAUGUCACCUGUGACUCGUGCAUCGACCGGCCGUGCCGCGCCACGAAGUCGUGCUUGACCUGCCUGGUGUCGUACUGCGAGGCUCACCUGAGGCCACACCUGGAGAACGUCAAGUUCCAGAGCCACCGGCUGGUGGAGCCGCUGCGGGACAUCGAGAGACGCACCUGUGAGACGCACCGCUGCGCGCUGGAGCUGUUCUGCUGCGCCGACGCGUGCUGCGUGUGUCAGGAGUGCGUGACGGAGGACCACCGCGGACACAGCGCCGUGCCCAUCACCGAGGCGCGCACGAGGAUAGAGAGAGAGCUCCAGGACAAACAGAUAGACAUGGUGAAGACGGUCACAGCAGCAGAAAACGCCAUUAACAAGUUACAGGCCAACACAGUGAAUAUUGAGGCGUCUGUGAAGGAGGUGCGUGGAGUGAUCGAGGAGCAGUUUAACAUACUGCUGGCAGCCGUGGAGCAGGCGGAGAAAGAAGUGAGCGAGAUCUUAGAGGUGGAGGAGCGCCAGGCGCUGCACCAGGCCGAAGGAAUCCGGGUUCAUCUGGAGCAACGCUGCACUGAACUCAAGAAAACACAGAGUCAGGUCGAGAAAAUCACCAAGAACAAAAAUGACAUCGACUUCCUGCAGGAGUAUUCCCAGUGGAAAAAGGAAGCUGUUGAUGUGUCUUUACCUGGUGUUUAUAUCGGCCUCAUGGAUCGACUGCAGUCAUUCAGUCGCAUUAUCACACAGUCCACGAAAGAGAUGUGCGACAACCUGCUGACCUCAUACACCAACAAACUCAAAGACACCUGUAAAAACGAUAAUGUAGGCAUAAAGACGACGGUUUAUGCCGUGAUGGCGUCAAAAAAGAACAUGUCAAUUCCGAACCCAGAGACCAGAGACGACUUUCUUAAAUAUGUCACGCCUCUGAGCUUUGAUGCAGAUACGGCUCAUCAAUAUCUGCGUCUGACAGAAGAACGGAAGAAGGUAACAAACACCACGCCGUGGCAGCAGAGCUAUCCCGAGCUCCCCGAGCGCUUCCAGCACUUCAAGCAGGUGAUGACGGUCGAGAGCUUCUACAUGGGACGCCACUAUUUCGAGGUGGACAUGAGAGGAGAAGGCACUCACAUCGGCCUGACGUACAAAAGCAUCGACCGCAAGGGAUCGGAGAGCAACAGCUGCAUCACGGGAAACAGCUUCUCCUGGUGUGUGCAGUGGAACGGACGCAGCUUCUCCGCGUGGCACAGCGAUGUGGAGACGCCGCUCAGUGUCCCCAAAGCCACGCGGAUCGGCGUCUACGUGGAUUAUUCCGCCGGCGUGCUGGCUUUCUACGACGUGGAGAAUGGCAUGGUGCUCAUCCACAAGUACCAGGCUGAGUUUCUGGAGCCGCUUUACCCAGCCUUCUGGCUUCCCAAGAAGGAGUGCGUCGUGCUUUUGGAGCCAGGAGCUUCCCUGACAACCCCUUCUCCUGUUACCUCUCCUAAAUAAAGUGUUUCUGCUUCUCCUAUCCACAUCCUUUUCCUUCUUAUAGGGCCCUGUUUACACCUGGUUUUGUCCACCUUACACAGAUACAGAUGCAAUGGUGUAAACAGAUCUACUGUAACCUCUGACUGAUAUUACAUUUUGUGACUACAACAGUGCAUUUAUACGAGAUGCCAAUUAAACAUGUUUUGUGCAUUGAUCACAUAUCACAAAAAAUAUCCUAAAGUAUAACUUUUCAAACAUGCAUGAAACUAUAAAUAUUUAUAUAUAUAUUAGAUGGUGAGAUAAAAUAUAAAAAUAUAAUAUAUACAUUACAUAGAUACAUAUUUGUGCAUACGUAUAUGUGGGGUUUAUUUAAUAUUGUUUCAUUCAUCUUAAAAUAAUGUUGCAAUAAUAAUAUUGCACAAGUGACAGAACCCAUUUGCCGUAGUUGGAUAUUGACGUUUCACUAGGUUUGGGUUAACGGGACAGAUGUGGCUCUUUAAUGACUUUGUAGUCUGUACACUAUAUGCUGCUUUUUUUCCCUUAUAUUUCACAUUUUAUGUUACAUUCUGUGCCUAGGAUCAAACGUGACAACAAUAAAACGUUGUCUGUCUAUGCAAAUAAAACAUUUCUACAGUAAA